AUGAGUAGAGGCAUUGCAAAAGGAAUAUGUGACACCUAUGCUAAUACUAGAUCGGAAUUAGAGAAUUGUAAACCAAAAACAGAAGACGCUUUAGUAACACGUUUUGGACCCAGCACCAAUUUUCACUUAAUAACAACACCAAAUUACCACAAAAAAAACCCACUUUUAACGGUAUUAAAACUACAUCAAAUAACUUAAAAAGAGAGACAGUUAUCAAAAAUAAUCAAACAAAAUUGCGAUUCCAAAGAUAGCCUUUGAUGAUCGUGAUCGGACAAUCAUAAAAUAAUUAAUACAGUCAGAAUUUAAAAAUUAAAAUAUUAAAAUAUAUGGUUCAUUACUGUAAAAACAACAAAAUUACGCGAAAUUCGGAAACAGCCAACCCAACGCAAUAACAACAGAUAGAAACAUUUCUAAUAACAAUUCAUCAUUUAACGAUAAAAACACGGAUGGUAUAGAUAUUAUUAACGCGUGUAAAAUAUCUUUGAAACAUAAACCGGGUGAAAACAUGCUCGCAGGCGGCAACUGCGGCUUGUAUGCGGUUCGUAACGCUAUAAAGGACAAUAAAGCCGAAACAUUUUUUUUAUUAGCUAUAGGAGUAUCGUGCCCUUGUAUUACCAUGUCAGUCCCCAAACGGACCACCCUUAUAUAAAUACAACCCGUUGAAUUGAUUUUUGAUCCACUUUCACCAAUUCACAUAUUUCGUUGAUAUCUAUCUUAUAUACCUCAUAUAACAUAUAACCUCAUAUAACCUUAUAUAACAUCUUAUUUACACUCAAAAUAAAAUUUAAAAAAGACUGAAUGUUCUGGAUAAACCAUUUCCUCCUUCCUGAGUUGGUCCGCGUACUCAGAAUAGCGGAAGUCUCGGAAUAACGGACGAAUUUCCGGUGACCAAGAGUUUCCCUCUUUUCAAAGGUUUCACUCCAUUAAUAUUAGUCAAUUGGAAAUUUUCCAAGAUGUAAUAGUUUUUCAUAUUGCGAACGAUGGUCAAGAAAAGACCUAUAUAUUCGCUUGUAGGUAGGUCACACUCAGAUACAAGUAAUCAUAGCACUGGGCUGUAGGAUCUUUAAACACUAAUUAAGCCUAACCUACCUAACAUACCUAGCACCUACUCCUAAAUGAGAUGACGAUCACAGCCCAGUAGUCAUAAAACCGAACACUCAUCAUUGUGCAACCUAAACGAAAAAGCGAAAUAAAACCACACUAUAUAACCCCUCUGGAUACGCUUUGCCGUUAAGAAGAUUCAUAAAUUCACGUUAUUUUUCGGCAUUCCGAGUUACUUACCGGUAACCGAAUUGUGCAAGUGAAAUUCUGUGGAAAUCGAAUUACGUGUAAUUUCUUGAUAUUCUCAGUUUAAACUAAGAAAAGUAGACAAAUUUCACUCGGUAUUACCUUUUUUUAAUUAGAAUACUAGGACAACGCCACCUAUCCGUGAGCCCUCGCGCCGAAUUUUGUAUAAUAAUUGUUAAAUAUCGAAAAAAUAACCGAAGGGUAGGUACUACGGCUAUAGAAAAUAAUCUGUCUAUAGUCAUUUUAGGUACCUACGCGACAGUAAUCCAAAUCUUACCUUUGUUUAGAAACACAAACGGACAUUUACUAGCACAACGGAUGAGAUAGUAUUGUAGAGGAUACAAUUGAUGUAUAUCUGUAUGAAACGAUUAAUCAUUGCCAUCGAAAAACUAUUUAGAAUGGAGUUUCAUUAUAGGUAAUAUUUUGAAUGGCCGUAAUAUUAUUGAUUUCGUCUUUCUGAGUUAUUUGCAUUGACUUAUCGGUAGCCGAAUUGUGCACGCGAAAUUCUGUGGAAAUCGAAUUAGGUGUAAUUUCCGGAUAUUCUAAGUUUAAACUACGGAAAGUAGACAAAUUUCACACGGUUUUACAUUUUUUUAAUUAGAAUACUAGGACAACGCCACCUAUCCGUGAGCCCUCACACCGUAUUUUGUAUUAUAUUUGUUAAAUAUCGAAAAAAUAACCGAAGGGUAGGUACCACGGCUAUNUAUUUGCAUUGACUUAUCGGUAGCCGAAUUGUGCAAGUGAAAUUCUGUGGAAAUCAAAUGACGUGUUUUUUUUUUGAUAUUCUAAGUUUAAACUACGGAAAGUAGACAAAUUUCACACGUUUUUACCUUUUUUUAAUUAGAAUACUAGGACAACGCCACCUAUCCGUGAGCCCACACACCGUAUUUUGUAUUAUAUUUGUUAAAUAUCGAAAAAAUAACCGAAGGGUAGGUACCACGGCUAUAGAUAAUAAUUUACCUAUAGACAUGUUAGGUACCUACGCGACGGUAAUCUAAAUCUUACUUUUGUUUAGAAAAACAUUCGGACAUACUUCGCAUAACAGGUGGGCUAGUAUUGUAGAGCAGGGGUCUCCAAACUACGGCCCGCCAAGCUUUUUGCACCGGCCCGCCAAGCUAAUUAAUGUUUUGAAAAUAAUAUAUUAAUUUUCAUUGUUUUUAAUUUAAUUUUUAUUGAAUUGAUUAAUAAAAUAAAAUGAAUUUAUAAUAUUUUCUUUUGGUAGGUAUUAUUCAUAACAACUUAUAAUAGCUAUACAUAUGUAUAUAUGUAUAUAUGAAAUAUGUAUGUAUGUAUAUAUGUAACUAAUAAUUGAUAAACUCGUCAAUCACACUUAUCUGACUUAUAUUGUACUUGAAACUUACGCGAUGAUGGUCAGACAAGAUACGAUCGACUUUUUCUGUUGUAAUAAUAACGUGUAAUCGACGGGUUUUUCUAACUGCGCGAGUCUACUGUAAUGUAUCGAGUAUAUAAUAUAGAAUCAGUUGUUAUAAUUAUUGCAGUUUAGUGUUGUUUCUCAUCGAGUGUAGUGCUCCGUGCUGUAUUAAAAUAAAUAUGAGCUUAAGUAAAAAACGGAAAGUCGAUACAGAGUGCCGUGUUUUUAAACAAAAAGUGGAAUAAUGAUUAUUUCUUCAUUGAACAAAACAAUGUUGUUUUAUGCGUUAUUUGCAAGGAAAAGGUUGCUGUUAUGAAAGAAUACAAUAUUGNCAUCUACAUAUAACGAGCUAUCUGGUAAACUACGAUCAGACAAGUUUGAAAUAUUAAAACAGAAUUUACUAGCUCAACAGUCAAUUUUUACAAAACGGUCAUGUCAAAAUGAAUGUAUCGUAAAAGCAAGUUUUCAUGUAGCUCGUACUCUGGCGAUAGCCGGAAAACCUUUUACUGAUGGCCAAAUUGUAAAGUAGUGCAUUUUGAAGACAGUUGAAGAGAUUUGUCCCGAUAAAAUCAAUUUAUUCACCGGUAUUAGCUUGUCAGCGAAUACAAUUGCGCGACGUACCACAGAUCUCGGAAAUGAUAUUAUUCGUCAAUUAAAAGAUACUGCUACAAGCUUUAAAUAUUUUUCAAUUGCUUUGGAUGAAUCUACUGACACUUCAGACUCAGCGCAGGUGCUUUUAUUCGUUCGCGGAGUCAAUGAAUCUUUUGAAAUAACCGAAGAAUUGGCCGCCGUCCACUCAAUGAAAGAUUCAUGUACUGGUAAUGAAAUUUUUUUGAAGGUAAAAGAAUCUAUUUUUGCUUUGGGUCUUGAUUUUAACAUUUUAAAAGGCGUAACUACUGACGGUGGACGCGACAUAUGUGGAGCACAUACAGGUUUGGUUGGAAAUUUUAGUAAAGCUGUAUUGGAGACUGGCACUGCAGCACCAAUGGCUAUUCACUGCAUUAUACACCAGCAAGCUUUGUGUGGGAAAAAUGCACCAAUAAUUUGCCCAUUUUCCAACAUGCAACAAAUUCAAACUUGA